AUGAGUUUGUCUGCAUCUUCUAAAUCAAGUGAUUUAAAUAUUGUCGUAAAACAGGAAAUCCUUCCAGAGUGUGAUGAAUCCCUGCAAUCCAGCAGUCAGAGAAAAGCGUUCGCAGAACAGGGAAUUUCACCCUUUCCCAAAUCUAGUGACUCAAAUGUCAUCGUAAAUCAGGAAAUUCUAACAAAGUGUGAUGAAUUCUUGCAACCUAGUAGACAAAGAGACGCUUCGGCAGAACUUGGUGUUUCAUCACCUUCCAAAAAAAGACAGUUAACUACCACCGAGGAACAGGACGUUCGGCGAUUGUAUGAUGAAAUCUUGCAACCCAAAGAAACUACGCCAAAAGCCGGCCCUUCACCCUCUCCCAAGCCAAGAAGAGAUUUAAGUGCCAUCGAGAAACUGGAAAUCCUGCGAAAGUAUGAUGAAUUCCUGCAACCGAUUAGCCAGAGGGAAGCUUCGUCCAAACUCGGCAUUUCACAGGCGCUGCUGUCUCGACUUCUAAAAUCGCGGAAAGAAUUGCAGAACUCUGCUCAAGAAAACGGAACUAGAAAAAGGAAACGUGAAGGGAAGUGCGCCAAGGUGGAAGAAGCGCUCCUCAAGUGGUUCUCUGAUGCCACGAUCCUCAAAAUGUCCACCAACAGGAAAGCCCUCCUUGAGAAGGCGAGAGAGUUGGCCCAGGGUUUUGGGAUAUCAGAUUUCGUGCCAACUGACGGGUGGCUGUCGAGGUGGAAGGAGAGAAACUGUCUGACUUCUAAGAAAGGUCCACCACCCAGUGCAGACGAGACUGCUCUGGAUGAUUCCCAGUACUCAACUCUCAACGAACAGUGGCCGAUGGUGGAGCAAUGGCGGCUCACGAAACCGAAGAUGCUCCUCAAGACCUUCAAAGAGGACGACAUAUACUUUUGUGCUGAGAUGGCUCUCUAUUACAGGGCUUUCCCCGAUGCUUCGUUCGUCCUGAAAAGCAGAUCGCAACAAGACGAUGAGCAGGAGGACAGAAUCACAAUCUUGGCAACUUGCAACAUGACGGGCACCGACAGAAGGCAGCUUUUGGUCAUCGGGAAAGAUGAGAACCCUUCCUGCUUCGAAGGCCUGUCAUUACCCAUCGCCUACAAGAGCAAUCGAAAUGCCUGGAUAACCAAACGGAUAUUCGCAGAGUUCUUAGGCCGUUGGGACAGACAGCUUAAGAUGGAGGAGAAGAAAAUCGCCCUGGUGCUCAGUGAUUCCCAUGUGCACCUCAACUACGCUACGGAGAUGAUCCAUAUGAAACAUUUCCCGUCGGCCAUGUUCUACUUCCUCCAGACCAACAUCAUCAAGGAGUUGAAAUCCCGGUACAGGAGGGAGAUGCGACAGAGGAUCGUCCGCAGGGCAAGCGAGAGCUGCAUACACAGGGAUGCUGGAGAGUUGGCUCGAGAGAUUGACCUCCGGGAAGCAGUCCACAUGCUCUGCAAAUCCUGGGAGGAGUUAGAGGCGAGUUUCGUCCGCAGUGCCUUCCUCGAAAUGGGAUUCGGGAAGUUCGACGAAGCCACUUCUUCGAUGAAAUCCUGUGACAUCGACGACGAACUUCAACUGUGGAACGAGAUCGAUGAGGAUGUGCCGACGUCCGCCGGACCCGACGACGACCCCGACGCGGAAGAAUCUGCCGCGAAAGUCAAGAAGGUGGAAGAGGACGUGAAACCCACCUUGGCUCCUACACCUUCGGAGGUACAGGAAGCUUUAUCCGUUUUGCGGAGACACCUGGAACUCACAGGUGGGUCGCGGGAAGAGUUCAUCAACCUGUACAAAGUCCAAGCAGACGCCCAGAGACACUUGAGACUGUGCGAAGGAAAAAACUCGAACACUCUCUGA